ACUGUCGCAGAAUAAUAUAGAUCGCGUCGUUUGGAUAUUUCCGCCGCUGAACCCUCGUGGCGCUCUCUUUUUCCGGUUCCACUUUGCGUAGGACACAACGAAACGAUGAAAGCAAAGGGUGAAUUGAAGGAAUACGAGGUGAUUGGGCGCAAGCUCCCCACCGAGAAGGAGAAAACUACUCCUCUCUACAAAAUGAGGAUAUUUGCUCCUGAUGCCAUCGUAGCAAAAUCUCGUUUUUGGUAUUUUUUGAGACAGUUGAGAAAGUUCAAGAAAACUACCGGUGAAAUUGUUUCGCUAAAACAGAUAACGGAGACCACCCCAACGAAAAUCAAGAACUUCGGUAUCUGGUUGAGAUACGAUUCUAGAUCGGGAACUCACAACAUGUACAGAGAGUACCGUGAUCUUUCUGUGAGCGGAGCGGUAACUCAGUGUUACAGGGACAUGGGAGCUCGUCAUCGAGCGCGUGCCCACUCCAUCCAAAUAAUCAAGGUGGAAGUUGUUAAAGCUGCUAACUGCCGCAGGCCCCAAGUCAAACAAUUCCACGAUUCAAAGAUCCGAUUCCCCCUGCCAAAACGCAUCCAACAUCGCAACCGUAUGCCACUAUUCAGCGUACGCAAGCCCCGUACUUUCUUCCUCUAAACAACUACUUACGAGAUUUGUUCUCUUUUUCAACGAUACAUUGUAUUCUUGGGAUAUCUUCGAGUUGAAGGAAAUAUACGCUGGGUCAUAAAAUAAAA